AUGUCCAACAAUCCUCCCCCAUCAAUCUCCGUCACACUCGCUAUCACACCGCCAAAGUUUCCCUUCGACCCCAGCCCGCCACCGACGAUCACCCUAACAGCUGUUUCACACUACCAUGAACCAAUCACAAUCUUUACUCAAUCCACAAUAUUCAACCUCGAUCUCAGCCAGCGUCGCAGCAACUUUAUCUGUCACGAUAUCACGACAGCAGACACUAAAUCGCUGCGCCUAGAUGUCACCAAAGGUGGGAAGCGCCCAGCCUUCAAUCGCGAGUCGGGUGGAUCCGAUGAUCGCUUUUUCGUUACAUUAGACCCUGAGACACCAACUGAGUUCCAGGAAGCGUUUCGCCUGUCAAAGAGAUCAGGAGAUCAAAAUUCGCUUGAAAGCGGACAUCGAUAUUGGUUUGGGAUAAAGGAGGGUGAGGUAGUGUCCUGGUGGAGGGUUGGAAAGAAAGCAGAGGUGAUGGCGCCCCCAGGUGAACGGGCUUCGCUGGGGGAGGCAAGCGGGGGGCCUAUUGCUCUAAAAGUGGAGGGGUUGGAGUUUGAGGUGAUAUAA